UGCGACAUCCCUCCAAAUCAAUGAAUUCAGGUGUUCCAAUCACCUCCAUGGCCACGGGUGUAUAAAAUCAAGCACCUAGGCAUGCAAACUGCUUCUACAAACAAUUGCAAAAGAAUGGGUCGCUCUCAGGAGCUCAGUGAAUUCAAGUGUGGUACUGUGAUAGGUUGCCACCUGUGCAAUAAGUCCAUCCGUGAAAUUUACUUGCUACUACAUAUUCCACGGUCAGUUGUUAGUGGCAUUAUAACAAAAUGGAAGCAACUGGGAACAACAGAAACUCAGCCACGAAGUGGUAGGCCACGUAAAAUGACAGAGCAGGGUCAGUACAUGCUGAAACGCACAGUGCGCAGAAGUCGCUAACUGACUGCAGAGUCAAUAG